UCCUUUCUUCUUCUUUCUCUUUUUUAUUUGUUAAAUAUCAUGCCAUCACGAAAAGCACAAAAUAUAUCAGAGGCGAAAUUAGGACGGUUAUUGGAAUACAACCGAAAUCUUCGAGAUCAGCUUGAUAUACCCAGAAUUACAAUCUCAGAAGCAUCGACAAGUCUGAUAACGUAUUGCAAGCAAACGAGAGAUCCUCUUGUCCCAUCUGUGUGGGGACCUAUUGAUAAAAAAGACGAUCCAUUUACACCUACAAAUCAUGGAGGUUGUUGUACAAUCAUGUAAUAAUAAAGAUGUGUUUAAAUUCUCGGG